AGUUUUUUUUUUUAAAGUUUUCCCUCUAUUUAAACCAAUUCCAUUACACAAUCCCAGAAUUUCCUUCCAUUGUUUGUACAUAUAGCAAAAAAAGAAAAGAAAAGAAAAAGCAUAGAACUUUGCUUCUCAAGAGCAUUCACCAUAGUAAAUCCAUGUCGAAUUUGCUUCCUCUGCCUCCGCCGCCGCAUCAUCAACAGCCGCCGGAAACGCCGCCAUGGGAAACGCCCUCUUCCAAAUGGUUUACUCCAAGAAGCACGCCGUGGAGAACGCCACGGAGCAACCACCAAACGCCGACGCAGACGCAGACCCAAGUCGUUGUAUCGGUGGCUCCGAGGAGUCCGGUGAUACCGAAAUUCAAAGGGAUUGAUGGUGGUGGUGGUGUGGAGGUUAGAAAGGAAACUGUGAUUCUCCGACAGCCAAGGAGGACAAACCCAUGGAUAUGGUGUGGAGCCGGUCUGUGUCUUGUCUUCAGCCUCGUCCUCAUCUUUUUCGGGAUCGCCACUCUGAUUGUCUUUCUUGCCAUCAGACCAAGAACCCCUGUUUUCGACAUCCCCAACGCCAAUCUCAACACCAUCUACUUCGACUCGCCCGUGUUUUUCAACGGUGACUUGUCCUUGCUGGCGAAUUUCACAAACCCGAACAAGAAAAUCGACGUGAGGUUCGAGUAUCUCGAUAUAGAGCUCUUCUUCUACAACAGAUUGAUUGCAACACAAGGGGUUCAGCCAUUUUCGCAGAGAAGAGGGGAGACGAGGUUAGAAGCUGUUCACCUGAUAUCGAGCUUGGUCUAUUUACCUGCAAACCAUGCGGUGGAGCUUAAAAGACAGGUCCAGAACAACAAGAUAAACUACGAAAUAAGAGGUACCUUUAAAGUGAGAGCAGAUCUGGGAAUGAUUCAUUACUCUUAUUGGCUUCAUGGGAGGUGCCAGGUUCAAAUGACUGGUCCACCAACUGGGGUCUUGGUUUCUCGGAAUUGCAGCACUAAGAAAUGAAGAGAAUAGGCCAUAACCCUUUCUUGGGCUGCUUCAAGUUCCUAUCUUUGUCAUGUUCAAGCAGAGAUCUCUGUUUCUUCCCUCUAAAAAAAUGUAAAAAAAAAUGGAAGAAAAGUCUAGUAAACUCAAUGCAGGAACAGAGAUGGGUUGUAAAGAAUGAUCUGGUAUGUUUGGGAAUCAAGAAACCGAAACAGAAUUUUCUUCUA